AUGACUGUCAUUUCCUCCAUCAGAUACAAUAAAGAAACCUGUUCCCAGAUGCAGAAGACAUCAGUUCUGAUCAGGAUGUCUCUCACCUCUCUGCUCUUGGCCGAGCUUCUGCUCUUCACCACAGUAACAGCCUCACACUUCUUUGGCGGCUCGAUGACUUUCCACCCAAGAAGGAAUCAUGAUGGAUCAUACAAGGUGGAACUUCGCUUCAAGACGACCUACCAUUCCUGUUAUGAGUAUGAUUACUGGCCGUGUGGCUCUGGAGACUGUGGAAAUGAUGUCAGUACUGUGAUUGGUCAAGUAGAUUCGAGUCCGAAUGGCAACAACUGGUGUCAGUCUGAGGGAGUGAUAACAAAGAUGCUUUCCACCAACAGCCCAUUCCAGCUAAUCAAAAGCAGUUGCUGCUGGAUCUUCAACACAGUCACAAAUUCUGGAGGCUGGAGUCUUCUCACUUACAUUGACCUUGGAGUGAGAUCAGACACCUCAGAGCCCAACCGAUCGCCAAUAACCACCACCCUACCAUUUGUUAGAGUUCCUCAAAACUGUCCAAGGAGGUACAAUAUUUUAGCCUUUGAUCCUGAUGGUGACCAUGUCAGAUGUAGAUUUGGACUUGGACAAAACCAGGAAUGUGAAAUCUGCAACCAACCUGCUGGUUUUACGUUGGAUCAGAAUAACUGCUCUCUAUCAUAUUCGCACACCUGGGUGCCUGGAGUUUAUUCAUUUGAGCUGGUGCUGGAGGAUUUCCCCAUUCAAAAUAUUACUCUGUCCUACACCAACCAACUUUCAAAGGAAAUAUAUGCAAUCAGUUUCAUCAGAAGCAGACGUGCUGUUAAUUAUCAUGCGACUGCAGCUAUUCCACCUCAAGCAUUCCCACUUACAACAACCUCUACAACACGUUCAUCAACCACUGCAACACAUUCAACAACACCUACAACAACUCGUACAACAACAACCACUACAACACUUAUUCUACAUUACCAGCAACAACCACAACACUUACAACCACUAUGUUACCAACAACAACAACUACAAUAA